AUGACCAAACUAAUUGGUCAUGUACAUGAUUCUAUAGGUAUCUCACCUUAUUAUAUGGCAUUUGGACAACAUAUGAUUAAUAAUGGCAAAUCAUAUGAACUACUUCGCAAACUGAAAAUGCUGGAUGACAGAACUUUUAAUUUUAAUCGCGAGGAUUCUUUUGAUAUAAUUCGGGAAAGAGCUGCUAAAAAUAUGUUUAGACAACAACAACGUAAUGAAAAAGCAUAUAAUUUGCGCUCAAGGGAAGUUAACUACAUUGUUGGACAAGAGGUUUUCAGAAGAAAUUUUAAACAAAGUAAUUUUGAAAAGGGAUUCAAUGCCAAAUUGGCUCCACCAUUUGUAAAGGCAAGAAUAAGGAAGAAAACUGGUACCUGUUAUUACGAGUUAGAGGAUCUUAAUGGACGCUUGGUUGGUGUUUACCAUGCAAAGGACAUACGUCAGUGA